UUUUCAAAAUGGCGCUCAAGAUGAUGCAACCUCUUACACCGAAGCUGCGACAUCACUCCGUGAGAUUUUCUGGAGACGACCGCGACCUGCCCAAAUACAAGUCCUUAGAUACACCGGAGAACAAUGCAACCAGCUAUGGCGGACCUCAAUCAUAUCCUGGCGUUGACUCCGGAGCACCAAGUCCUGACUCUUCAUACCAGCCUGCAGCACAAAGAUUUCGCUUUAACGAACAACGUAUUAAAUUGUUGACGGCCAUAAACCAAAUUGUGCAACAGCGAGCCGACCUGGAAUCGAACCGCGUUACCCUCUCUACGCUUCUUGACGAUUUGAGAAGAAAGCUGAAGAGGAGGAUUGAUGAGAAUCAUUAUGAGAAGCGGGAGAAACUAAAGGCUUUGAAACAAGCAAAUCAACGCCUGGAGAAAGAGAAGCACGGCAUAGUGAGUGAGAUUGAACAUCUGAAGCACCAUCUUGAAAAGGAGGAGUCGCAUCAUGUUCAACACGCCAGAAACGUAGUGGUACAGGCGAUUCAGGGAGUCACCAAGGGUCCGGCGGACUUCUUCUCCCCGUGUUCUGUCUCGCUCUUACCAGACAUCGUCAGCAGAAAUGUAGCCAAGAACGCGCCGUCUAAACUUGCAGACAACAAGUUGGCCGCGGCCAGAUUGAUGCGAGAUAUUGUUGAGUUACGUCAACGCCUGGCCCAGGUUGAGGCAAAACUGGCCAAUGAAAUGAAGCGUAAACGGCAGGUUGAGAUCGACAUUAUUCGACUGAGGAAGGAGCUGUCAAGCUGCAAAAGCAACAUGGCGUCGUUGAGACUACUGCCACCAGCGACGCUAUCUCGCAACACUUGCUCCAAAUUCGCAUAAUAAAUAUUUUGGAAUAAAUUACUAAGACUUAUUAUUUACUUACUUAAACACAGGAUAUAAUCUGCUGUAAGCUCAGGAUAGACUAUCGGCUGGCUUCAAUAUACGACCGAAUCUAGACUUUUAUGUUAUGAGCCAUUCCACUCUUUUGAAUAUUGUGAAUAGUAAAGUCAUAAAUCGUAAUACAU